AUGCUGAAUUAUUCUGUAGCUGAAGAUUAUUCCACGCACUCAAUAAUCCCCUCGUAUACGUGCACUUUUUUAGUCACGAAACCAUUUUUGGACAGUGAAGCUGUAAGAUCCCAUUCCAAACUGAUUCAAGCCCACAAACGGCCAUCUCGACUACUUCAUUCAUGUCUCCUGUGCGUAUCUGUGGUGUAUAAUUCGAUCUGGUCGUUUCGACGUCGACCCUCACUCCCCAGACGCAUCGGACAACUGUACUCAUUGGAAGAAAUCCUUGGAUAA